AUGCUUAAAGCAUUAAAACAAACUUCAAAAGUAUCAGUUAGAUUUAACUCAACUUCGAUCACUGCAAGAUAUUUCCCAAAUGAACCAAUAUCACCAGUUAUAAAAACUGACACCAUUCCAGGUCCAGCAUCAAAAAAAACAAAUGAAGAAUUGGGUAAAAUUUAUGAUAAUAGUGCUACUUAUUUUGUUGCUGAUUAUUUUAAGUCAUUAGGUAAUUAUUUAAGUGAUUCAGAUGGUAAUAAAUUAUUAGAUGUUUAUUGUCAAAUUUCAUCAAUUCCAUUAGGUUAUAAUAAUCCAAAAUUAAUUGAAGCUGCAAAAUCUGAAGAAAUGAUUUCAUCAAUUGUUAAUCGUCCUGCAUUAGCUUGUUUUCCAUCAAAUAAUUAUAAAGAUAUAUUAGAAGAUGGUUUAUUAAAAGCUGCACCACCAGGAAUGAAAAAAAUUUGGACUUCAUUAAGUGGAUCAGAUGCUAAUGAAACUGCUUAUAAAGCUGCUUUUAUGUAUCAACAUGCAAAAUUAAGACAAUCUGAUAAUUUUACAACUGAAGAAUUAGAAAGUGUUAUGAAUAAUGAAGGUCCAGGUGCUUCAGAUAUGGUAAUUUUAUCAUUUGAUAAAGGGUUCCAUGGUAGAACUUUUGGUUCAUUAUCAACAACAAGAUCAAAAGCUAUUCAUAAAUUAGAUAUUCCAGCUUUCCCAUGGCCAAAAGCUUCUUUCCCACAAUUAAAAUAUCCAUUAGAAGAAUUUGAAAGUGAAAAUAGAAAAGAAGAACAAAAUUGUUUAGAUGAAUUAGAAUCUAUAAUUGAAAAAUCACCAAAAAAAAUAGCUGCUAUUAUUGUUGAACCAGUUCAAUCAGAAGGUGGUGAUAAUCAUGCUACUAAUUUCUUUUUCCAAGGAUUAAGAGACAUUACUACUAAACAUGAUGUCUUAUUCAUUGUUGAUGAAGUUCAAACAGGUGUUGGAGCAACUGGUAAAUUUUGGGCACAUGAACAUUGGAAUUUGACUAAUCCACCAGAUAUGGUUACUUUCUCCAAAAAAUUUCAAGCUGCUGGUUUCUAUUUUGCAAAUCCUGAUUUACAACCAAAACAACCAUAUAGACAAUUUAACACAUGGUGUGGUGAUCCAUCAAAAGCUAUAUUAGCAAAGGCAAUCUAUAAAGAAAUUGAAUCAUCAGAUUUAGUUAAUCAAACUGCUGAAGUUGGUGAUUACUUAUAUAAAGGUUUAAAAACCAUUACCAAUAAAUUUCCAAAUAUUUAUAAAAAUUUAAGAGGUGAAAAUUAUGGUACUUUCAUUGCAUGGGAUGUUGUUAAUGCUGAUAUUAGAAAUAAAAUAUUGAUGAAAUGUAGAUUAGCAGGUUUAAAUAUGGGUGGAUGUGGUGAUUAUUCAAUUAGAUUAAGACCAACUUUAUUAUUUGAAAAGAAACAUGCUGAUGUUUUCUUAAAUAUUUUGGAAGAUGUUUCAAGUAAAGUAUAA